AUGGCAAUGUAUGGCCAAAAUAAUGCUAGUCAUCCAGAUAAAUUCGCUGGACAAUAUCCUCCUCCUCCUCCGCUUAGAUCACCAGUAGCUGAGCCUCCGUCCAUAUCAGCGAGUACCAACGAUAUUCAUACUGAUCAACAAGCACAACGCAAUCAGCCUCAGUCAGUCAAUACAACCACAGUGACAGCGACGGAACAACACCCGCCAUACCAUUUAAAUACCACAGUAGCAGACUAUCCCGUAGCAACAGAUUUUAGUAAUAUGCCGAAUGUAAACAGUUAUACGAACGUUGGAACUAAUACCGCUCAUGCUGAUCAUUAUGAAAACAUUCAUAAUAACAGAAUGUCAUCUAUAAAUUAUUCAAAUAGUCAUCUACCUAAUAACAAUUCAUACCCAAGUUAUUCAAAUUAUGCGACUGCAUCUACACCUCCAAUCCAACAACAACAACAACAACAACAACAACAACCAGUACUUCCUCAGCCACAUUCAGAAAUAUACCUUCCUUUAACAGCCCCUCCUCCAGUGUUGAAUGACUAUUCAUUACAAUAUUCAUCCCCUCCUCAGCAGUAUUACCACAAUCCUACACAACCACAUCAUCAACCUAUGCUGUAUCAAAAUAAUGCUACUACAACUUAUGACGAUGAAAAAGAUACCUCCUCACUUGAUAGUUAUUUACGACGAGAAAGGGAAGAAUACCUCAGACACGAUGAGUCGAACAAUAACACUAAGCCAAUGGCCGCAGCCAUGAACAUGACGUCCUAUGAAGAAGUUCCGUUACCAGUAAAAGAAGAAGAAAAGAGACCCAUGGUCAGACCUCACUAUGUACGGCCUACUCCGCCUCCAGAAAAUGAAGCAGAGUCAUAUCGUUAUCGACCUGCUGAGUUUAAACAGCACCGAAGUUGUUGUCGAGCAUUUUGCUGUUGCUAUAAUCCUGCUAUUACCUGUUGCUCCUUCUUUUGGUUAUUGGUGAGCAUCGCAUUUCUAGCUGCAGGCAUUGCGCUCAUUAUUGCAUCGAAGGUAGUGACAGAUAAAUGCAAUAGUCAAUGCUUGGGAACACAGAUAGCGGCAAAUUUCGAACAGGUACAAAGUGCCUGUGGUACCAUAUGCAGUAAAGUCUUACAUGAGGGAAUGUUUUAUGGUGGUAUUGUUGUGGCCGGAUUAGCAGCAAUAGCUAUUCUUUGGAAAAUUAUUAUGUGGACCUGCGCUGGCUAUUCAAAGUAA